AUGGCGACAGCAGUCCCCUCAAUAGCUUGCCUAGGCAUAAUAGGCCGAAAUAAUAAACCCCUCCACACUACCAUCAUCCCAACCUCAACCGAUGCGCAAACCGGCUCUCCCAUACCCCUACGCACCCCCCUCCAAUUCUCCCUCCUCCUCUCCAGCACCCUCGACAUAUUCGAAUCGCGCGCCCGCCACGCAAGUUCCUCGAACACCUUACUCUCGGGCGACUUCGGCCUGCUGCACGCCGUUGACGAGCGCCUCGCCGCCUACGGCUAUGAGACCAACACGGGGGUGAAAUUUGUGGUUGUGGUAGAUAUGCGGGGACGGAUGUUGGAUCUAUCAUCCAAGACGGGGGGAGUUGGAGCUGCAGGAGGAGGUGGUGGGACGGGGGGUACCGGUGUGGGGUUGAGGGAGGGAGAGCUCAAGGUCGUAUUUAGGGCUAUGCAGACGGCGUAUGUGAGGUUGUUACAGAACCCAUUUUAUGACCCGGAUGAGCAUGAGGGGCGAGGUGGAAAGAGGAUUACGAGCCGGAAGUUUGCGCAGGAGAUGAGGAGGAUUGGUGAGCUUUGGGUGCCAGGGAGUGCUACUCUAGGCUAA